CAAGCGACAAGAUGGCGGCGUCCAACUCGAGUUUACCGAGCGAAAUUCCGGCCAAGAAAGAAGAUGAAUUUAACGAGUUUUACACAGAAGUUAAGGAAAUCGAAAAAAGGGACUCCGUCUUGACCCCCAAACAACAAAUUGACAGACUCUUGCGGCCUGGAUCUUCAUACUUCAAUUUAAACCCCUUCGAAGUUCUUCAGAUUGAUCCUGCCACUACCAUAGAUGAAGUGAAGAAAAAAUACCGUCGAAUGUCCAUUCUUGUACAUCCAGACAAGAAUCAAGAUGAUGCGGAAAGAGCACAGCAAGCCUUCGAAAUCGUCAACAAGGCUUGGAAGACACUGGAGAAUGACGAAACGAGGGCAAAGUGUAUGGAUGUUAUUGAAGAGGCGAAAGCCAGAACGGAUCACAUGAUCACAGAAAAGAAAAAGAAGUUGAAAAAAGAGGGUAAAACCGGCGAGGGAGGCGCCAUAAAUUUGUUAGAUGAAGAAACAGACGGUGGUUACAGACACGCAAUUUGGGUGAUGACGAUGAAGCUCUUCGCCGACAUGGAAAGACGGAGGAGGGAAUUGGCUACACGAGACGUUGAGCAACGGAAACGAAAAAGGGAGGAAGAACUGUCGGCGGAAGCGCAGGCGGCACUUGAGCGGGAGUGGCAGAGAAAUUUCGAGGAAUCCAGACAGUCGCGAGUCGAUAGCUGGAAAGCAUUUCAGUCGGGAUCCGGAUCGUCGUCUGCGACGAAGCAAAAGAAACCGAAGAAACUGAAGACCUUCAAACCUCCGAAGACCAAGGCGGAGUCGAGAUAAUUAUUUCUUCGUAGCUUUACCCUUCUCCACAAUCCCCGGAGACUUAAUUAGUGCAAAAUUAUAACUAUUGUAUCGUUAGGUAUAACCGAAUCGCUCCCAAAAGUCUCUGAAAGUCUCGUCGCCGCUACGAAACCGUAAAGUAGUUUCCAACUCGUGAUAUAAUGUCUUCUCGCUAGCAUCUUGACUCACCUCGAUUACGGCACGAGUGAUCGAUCCUUUUACUCUUUCGUUAUCAAACACCCCUCACUUUCUUUCACUCCUCUGACUUUUUCAAAACCGCACGACGAAGCAUGAGUUAGCAUACUAAAUGUGAUAUUUUUACCUGCGUGUGACCAAUUGAAUACACAGAAAGAAGAAAAUUUUACUAUCACAAUUUAUCGUGAUCUCGCCUCUGUCUGAAACGUAAUCGUCAUACAAAUCUG